AUGAAUAUCGCAUCGAUGCUCAACCUCUCAACGGGGCCAAGCCACCGUGAGCAGGUUUCAAAGGAGGAGACGUCGCCUUUGCCCCCUCGAGGAAGUUUUGCUGCGCCAUCCUCGCUCCCAACGCCUUCCCCCGAGUGUAUGCCCGCGAAGCAGGCGACCGGGACCACUGACAACCGAGUUCGUACGCCCUGGGACGCUGGAGGCUACUCUCUACCGCGAGACGCUGCUCCACAGUUCUCAAGGACAGCAUUCACCUUCCGCCCAGCAGUUGAGCGCAUGGAUUCAGCGCCCACAUACAGCGCGCCUGCACCUGGCGGCCACUCCAGGCAUACGUCUAUAGCAUCUGUGGAGUCGACCAUGGCUAUGGUCGCUCCUAGUGUUCCUACUCCCUUCUCAAACCCCCGACCAGCUCGCCGCGGCAGCUUUUCAUCCUAUUGUUCAUCGACUUUCUCUGGCGGACACUCGCGCUUCUCGUCUAUGUCAACAGUCAGCAGUCAUAAUGUUAGUUCUGUGGCUGCGGAGAUGCCGAUGUUGGAAUCCAAGCUCGAGCAACUUCCGAAAUUGACGCCAACUCCGGAGUACGUGGAGCGUCGAGAACCUUCACCGAGACUCCCACCUUUGCCGCAGCAUGGCGCUGUCUCAACGUUCGUUGCCGGUUUCCCCCAAGGCAGUCCUCACGAUUCUGCCCUAGAAGCGAGGGCCAUUAAACGGAGACGAUCCCGUUUGUCAGUAGAUCAGAGUCACUCUGCACUCAGAAGCAGCGUUCUGCAUCCCUUGGAACGCAUCCACAAGCGCACCAUCUCUGCACCGAACCCUCCUCAGAUCUCGUCUUCGACCUUUGCUCACGCUCCUUCCUACUUGCCACCAAUCACCCCUGAGAGCUUCGAACCAGUGCUAUCGCAAUCUCAUCUCGCUAUGCCUCGUGGACGCAGAAGUGCCAGCAGAGGGCGCCGAGCCAGCAGAGCCGAUGUCUCACCUGCAGCCCAUCCUGCCUCCCGACCUGUUGAGUCUAUGGACGAGAACCUGGCUAGCACACAGGCAUCUCCUGCUCCCCAGCCACAAGUCCUCCCUCCUCCUACUCCUCCUUCGGCCGACUUCCAACCUCGCCUCCUCAACAUCUGCGGCCGCUUCGGCCUUUCGGUUGAGACUCCCCUUCGCGGUGGUGAUAUCUGCAUGCAGGUCGAAAACUGCAACACCGGAUCUGUCCCUCGCAAGGUCAUCUCCCACAUCUUUGGACGCAACAAGGUUUGCACUCGUCGGAUUCCUGAGCGAGCCUGGGUUUGCAUGUGCCGCAAGCACUACCAGCGUAUCCGCUAUCGCAAGGGUCCCGAGUUCAGCAUGACGCAGAUCGACCUGGUCUACGAGCAGAUCGCGCGAAUGAUCUUUUGGAGCCAGGGCCUUGAGACGAGCGGCGGAGUCAACGUUGAAGGCAUCUUCAUCCGGUCUUGGACCUUCUCGAUUCGCAAGCGCGAGCUGCGACGACUUGUUGAGCAAAAUGGACAGGAUCCUCUCCCUCGAUGGAUCAUCCAGAGCCUAGGAGAGGGCAAGACCCACGACGACAUCCUUAACAUUGUUGAGAGACUUCACUGCGACAUUCAGCAAGGCAUUCUCAGAGAUGUUCCUCCCGUCGAGUUCCUCCCCGAAGUUGUUGACGCCUACACCCUUCGGUCCACCCAAUCACCUUACGUUGCCGCGGGCGAGGGUUCUGACGAUGUCGAGAUGCAGGACAUCUCUCGGGCAGGCCAGGGUGAGCAGCCAGGAGAGGAUGAAGGGUCUCCCUUUUCCAAAGACACUUCCCCUCUUGAACCCGUCGAGGAGGAGCGGGGUGACUACGGGAGCCCUGGAGAGAGCCUGCAUUCCCCUACUUCCUCAAUUGUCUCUGAUGGCACUGAACGUCUCCCAUCUUCACUUGCUCACCAUCAGCGCCAGCGGAGCGACUCGCAGGUCUAUGCGCCUCACUCGCAGAUGGCCCCCACACAGUCCGAUGAUCGACCCAACCAUCAUUCGGAACAUGACAGUCAGAACCCAACACCUCCCUUCAUGAACGAGCUCAAUAUUGAUUAUCAUAUACAGGCGUCAGUAAUGUCGACAGCAGACGGCCCUCGGGGGCCUGUCUUUGAACCAUACAACCUCUAG